CAGAUGGAUUCUUAACCACUGCACCACCAGGGAAGUCCCCCUCUUGACUUUGGAAGGAGCAGUGUUUCUGGCCCUUCUUCUGUGUCCCCUAGCUGCAUGAAGCCACCUAGACCUCAGGACCCUGCUUAAUGGUGGAGAAUGUACCUUCGUGCAGAUGGAUUGGAUGUGCUUCUCUGGGGGACACCUUCGACUCACCCAUACUCAGCCCCCACCCAGCCUGCAGGCUGCCUCCGCCUCAGCCUGCCUCUGCCUGGGGUGGUGGAGAGAAAGGGAGGGUGGCCUUCCCCUGGCCAGUGGGCUGUUGGGAGAUUUGGGUACAUGUGUCCCUGAUCUCCUUGCCACAGGUCAGACAGCAGGGAAAGCUGUGACCUGUGAAGACCCCUUUUCCAUCUGGACUGACGUUUCUUUUCUUUCUCCUCUACCUCCUGCUUUUCCUCCCUGGGGCAGCCCCAUGAACCCUCCCAGAGACAUGCCUGGCCUCUGGGCUUCAUGGGCAUACUGUGUGGCCCCAGCUGACAGUAGGAGGACCUGAGGAGGGAGGCAGCAGUGCACGGUCAUCAAAGAUGGGCAUUUUCUCUGGGCUGAGAGGCUGACAGGGCCUGUUUCCUUUGGAUUGCAGAUCUGUGGAGCAUCUCCAAACCCUCCUAUUGGUUCAGAAUCAGCUCCCGGGUGGUUUUGUCCUAGAUUUCCUCUCAGGCCAAAUGAUCAUACGUGUGAUUGAGAUCUUGCUGUGUCAUUGUCUCCUGUUAAUGGGAGUCUGAGUAGCAGCCAUGCUUCAUAGGUUAUAAGCUUUGUGCUGUACACAUAGAUUAGCCUCACCUGUGUUUGUCCUGUCUCUGGGAGAAUAGUGCCUAGAGUGUGCACUAUUUUGUGCCUGGUUUCUUCACUCAGUAUCAUCCACAGUGCUAUGUGUAAUGAGGAAAUUUGCAACAAUACAUUCCAAAAAAAUGUGGAAAAUGAAGGCAACACUGUUGAGUUGUUCAAGUCAAAUGACUCUCCUUUAUUCUGAGAUCAUGUUCUUCCAUCUAUCUUGCAAUAAAAUAUGCUGGCAGUUUGGUUGGGUUUUGUUUUGUUAUUGAUACAUUUGUUUAAAAAAUAAGUAGAUAGAUAUAGAUACAGACAUUUGUAUAUUUGUGCCAUGGUUAAUGGACAGCUCCUCGUGACCCUAGGGUGUCAGAAGAGCAGCAUUUCUGGCCUCUGAAAGUCUGAACAAGAUUGAAGUCUGACCUUGUCGUGGAGCCUCUGUGGUGGAUGGAGUCCAAGCUCUGGAGCGUGAUUGUGCACAUUGGGCUCUGGGUCACAAACCCCACCCACAGCUCGGGGGCCACCUGUGGCAGCAACACUCUGGGCAGCAGGCAGAGAGUACAUGUGACCUCCAUUCUUCAAAGUCCUGUCAGUGCCCUGCAAGGGCUUUUGUUUACUGUCACAUUUUUCUUCCCCUUUCUUUGUCCACAUUUACCAUCAACACCAUGAGAAUUGCUGGAAGUUCCCUCAUUAAAAAAGGUGGCUACCUGAGGCCCAGUCAUUACUAUUUCUGAGAAGGACAAAACAACAGAGCCUCAGAAUGGGCCGAUCCCAUUUCUUGGUCCCGUCCACCCUGACCUGACGCAGUGCUUUCUUUCCGCAGCGGCCGCAGAGGCCUCCCUCCAGCUCCCUCUGGAAAGGUGGUGGGUUCAGUGAGAAUCCAAGUGAUGGGUGCUCUCAGUGGGUCGGUGUGAACAACGUCCAGCAACCUUCCUGGGCCAGCCAGGGCCUCGUUUUGCUUUGGUCUGAAAGAGAUUUUUGUUUUCCGGUGAGAACAGCCCCAGCCUGGCUGGGUGCCAGAGGCAGCGGCAGGAAUACAAACACUUUCAUGUGACAGACCCGGGUGGAGAGGUGUGGGCCUGCCAGCAGUGGGCCCUCCCCUGCCGCUGCUCCUUGGGAGGCGGUGAUUUGCAUAUUCCCCAUUCAUCUUGGCCUUGAAAAGGAGGCCUGCGUUCUCAGUCCUCCGGACCAGCUGAGGGCUGGGCUGCUUGAGCCUGGUUUUAACUCUGUGGAUGCCACCGGCUCUCACCGGUCAACAGCAGGCCUUGGCGGCUGGAGGGUGGUGAAAGGCAGCAGCUGCUGUGUGGCCCUGGCCUCCAGAGGGAUGACUGAGGAGGUGGCAGGGUCCCACUGAGCAGCACAGGCUUCUGCUGAGCGGAGUGAGGCUCAGAUUUGUUUCUCCUUGUGCCAUUCAGAAGAGGAACUUUGUCAAAGUAUGAGGAAGCCAGAAAAUUAAGGUGUUUAUCAGAGUCCCAGAAAAUUUGCCUUUAACCAAAAGCAAAACUCCCUUUUCUCUGCUCAUUGUCAUUCCUGCAAAAUAACAGUGACCCCUGGAAUGGUGGGUAUAGGCGCCUUAUUGGCUCCUGGCUGCAGCAGGGGUCCCUUUGGCUGGGAUCUGGAAGGACAGCUUGCCUGGGACACUUUGGCAUCCUAAAACCCCAAGGUGCUAGGUCAGGUGAGCGGAUGGGUCCUGUUAGCUUGUGGCUGGGACUUCAAAAGCAUGAGGCUAUAUAUAGUACAAAUCACCAUCUUUUUCCCUCUGCAGCUAAAUGCCAUCUUCCCAGCCUCGCUGCCUCCUUCCCAGGAGCCCCAGCAUCUAGUAGGCUCUUUCUAGGACUCUGUCCCCUUCUCAGAACUCUCCUUCCCGCCCUGUUCCUGAUCUCCUUGCUCCCCGUUCCUGACUGAGGAUAUGUCUUAGGUUCUGUCUUGUGAAUCUCCCCUCCCCCUGCCCCAGCAGGUUGUCCCCAGUUGCUCCUGAGGGAACAAGUGGGCAAAAGCAAAUCCCUCUGUUGCUCUCCCCACCUCAACGACCCGAACCGCAUCUCAACAGAGCCCUCCUCCCUCCUGCAAGGUGCUUCCCCCUCGCUGGAGGUGGUUACAUCCUGUUUCCCCUGUACCCUGGCCACCUGCAGUUGAGCUCUGACAGCAUGGCCCUGCCUGGAGCAGCCCAUGUUCUCUUUCUGAGCUUGAGCCUGUAGGGUUUGCAUUGUGUCCUCAGUUUGGGCCAGUGAUGGAAAUGAAUCACUGCUCCUGAGGCCAGGACACUGGUUGCCCUAACCUAGACGGGCUGGGAGGGGAAAGGAUCAUGUUGCAGCCACAGGAUUUGGCUUCCUGCACAGUGGGGCCUGGCCAGGGGGUGUCCUCUGCUUGUGUAGCGCUCAUUGGCCCUUGCCACUGUCCCUAGGGUUCUGCCUGCCAUCCCAGGGCUUGGUGUGGCAGGAAGGACGAUGAGGCCAAGGCUCAUCCACACCGUCAGCCCUAGUCUUCGUCCCCUGGAAAUAUUUCUAAAGGGAGCGUUGCCACUGUCAUAACCUCUGCUGUCCCUCCUCGUUCUGAGAAUUUUGUCAGGCCUGAUUCGUGAGUUCAUCCUCUCGCUUCUGGAGAAGAUGCAGACUCAGGAGAUCCUGAGGAUGCUGCGGCUGCCCGAGCUAGGCGACUUGGGCCAGUUUUUCCGCAGCCUCUCAGCCACCACCCUCGUGAGUAUGGGUGCACUGGCUGCCAUCCUCGCCUACUGGUUCACUCACCGGCCAAAGGCCUUGCAACCACCGUGCAAUCUCCUGCUGCAGUCAGAGGAGGUGGAGGACAGUGGUGGGGCCCGGCGAUCCGUGAUAGGGGAUGGCCCUCAACUGCUCACCCACUACUAUGACGAUGCCAGGACCAUGUACGAGGUGUUCCGCCGUGGACUUAGCAUCUCAGGGAAUGGACCCUGUCUUGGCUUCAGGAAUCCCAAGAAGCCUUAUCAGUGGCUGUCCUACCAGGAGGUGGCCGACAGGGCUGAAUUUCUAGGGUCUGGACUUCUCCAGCACAAUUGUAAACCAUGUACAGAUCAGUUUAUCGGCAUUUUUGCACAAAAUCGACCAGAGUGGAUCAUCGCAGAGCUUGCCUGCUACACAUACUCUAUGGUGGUGGUCCCGCUCUAUGACACCCUGGGCCCAGGGGCAGUCCGCUACAUCAUCGACACAGCCGACAUCAGCACUGUGAUCGUGGAUAAACCUCAGAAAGCCGUGGUUCUGCUGGAGCACGUGGAGAGGAAGGAGACACCAGGGCUCAAGCUGAUCAUCCUCAUGGAACCAUUUGAGGAAGCUUUGAAAGACAGAGGGCAAGACUGCGGGGUGGUCAUUAAGUCCAUGCAGGCUGUGGAGGACUGUGGCCAGCGGAAUCACCACGUUCCUGUGCCCCCGAAACCCAGUGACCUCUCCAUUGUGUGUUUCACAAGCGGCACGACAGGGAACCCAAAAGGUGCGAUGCUCACCCAUGGGAACGUGGUGGCUGAUUUCUCAGGCUUUCUGAAAGUGACAGAGAAAGUGAUCUUUCCGAGACAGGACGAUGUGCUCAUCUCCUUCCUGCCUCUGGCUCACAUGUUUGAGAGAGUCAUCCAGUCUGUCGUCUACUGCCACGGAGGGCGCGUCGGCUUCUUCCAGGGAGACAUCCGCCUCCUCUCAGAUGACAUGAAGGCUCUGUGUCCCACCAUCUUCCCUGUGGUCCCACGACUACUGAACCGCAUGUACGACAAGAUCUUCAGCCAGGCAGACACAUCAUUAAAGCGCUGGCUCCUGGAAUUUGCAGCAAAGCGUAAACAGGCUGAGGUCCAGAGUGGAAUCAUCAGGAAUGAUAGUAUCUGGGAUGAACUCUUCUUUCAUAAGAUUCAGGCCAGUCUUGGUGGGUGCGUGCGGAUGAUUGUCACUGGAGCAGCCCCCGCGUCACCAACAGUCCUGGGAUUCCUCCGGGCGGCUCUGGGGUGCCAGGUUUAUGAAGGUUAUGGCCAAACUGAGUGCACAGCUGGAUGUACCUUCACUACACCCGGGGACUGGACAUCAGGACACGUAGGAGCACCUCUGCCCUGCAAUCAUAUCAAGCUCGUGGAUGUCAAGGAACUGAACUAUUGGACCAGCAAAGGAGAAGGAGAGAUAUGUGUGAGAGGACCAAAUGUGUUCAAAGGUUACUUGAAAGAUCCGGAGAGGACAAAGGAGGCCCUGGACGACGACGGCUGGCUUCACACUGGAGACAUUGGGAAGUGGCUGCCAGCUGGAACUCUUAAAAUUAUUGAUCGGAAGAAGCACAUAUUUAAACUUGCUCAGGGAGAAUAUAUUGCGCCCGAGAUGAUUGAGAACAUCUACAUCCGGAGUGAGCCUGUUGCACAAAUGUAUGUCCAUGGGGACAGCUUAAAGGCCUUUUUGGUGGGCAUAGUCGUGCCCGACCCGGAAGUCAUGCCCUCUUGGGCCCAGAAGAGAGGAAUUGAAGGGACGUAUGCAGAGCUCUGCACAAAUAAGGAGCUGAGGAAAGCCAUUUUGGAAGAUAUGGUGAGGUUAGGAAAAGAAAGUGGACUCCAUUCUUUUGAACAGGUUAAAGCCAUUCACAUCCACUCUGAUAUGUUCUCAGUUCAAAAUGGCUUGCUGACACCAACACUAAAGGCUAAGAGACCUGAGCUGAGAGAGUACUUCAAAAAACAAAUAGAAGAGCUUUACUCAAUCUCCAUGUGAAGUUCAAGGGAAGUUCUUCUCAGUAUAAUGGACAAUGUAGCAAUAUUAUAGUUAUUUUUUGAAAGUAAUGUGUCAGAAUGAUGCAGCUGAAAAUGAAAAGCACGUGACCUUAUGACUGAGCCUCUUCCUGUCCCAAGAGGUCUUUAACAAUAUUUUCUCUCUCAUCACCGAGUAUACUUUAUUUUUAUUACAAUGAUAUUGUAGUAAGCUGCUAAAAAUAUCACAAAUGGCAUUGUAAAAAUCAAGACUUUUCUCAAGAACUGUGUACCACUAAAAGUAAUAUAUUCUCAGUGUUCACAGAACUUCUAUUAAACAUAAAGGAAAAACAUAA